CUCAACCACACCUGCGUGCACUCCUGGAGGAUUCUUCAGGUUUCUGUCAUUGAUUUGAUCCAUGUUCUCAAAACGGGUCUCAUUGAUCCCUUGAGAAUGGAAAGAAGUGGGGAAAUUACCCAAAAGUAGGUCAGUGGAGUAAGGUGGGUUGCUCUGGUAUGUUUUUCCUCACCAGGAACUGUUGGAUGCUCAGGACUUUUAUGAGCAGGAAUGUUGUCAUGGUGAAGCAGCCAUCGCGUACAUAAUUAGGCAAACUGUGCAGGAUCGUUUUCCAGGUGUACUGGUUGAUCAUCUCAAAGUGGGGAAACUUGUAUUUUGAGUUUGAAAUAUUUAAUUUGUUACAUCAGUGCCCCUAGCCUUUUUGAUACAACCUCUAAUCUUGUAAAACAGAUGCUUUUGAAAGGGAAAAUGAUUGACAUGCAGCAGGUGUGUCGUUCAAAAGCAUUAACACUUGGGCAAGUUUGAAAAGCUACCAAAAUGUGGUAUUGUUUGGAAUAUUUGGUGCCUGUGAUUAAUUAUGAUUAGUCCGAAUUCAAAGAUGUGAUCAAUGUGGUUUACAAAAGUGCUCUAGUUUAAACUGGCUCGAGCCAUUUCUGAAAGUUUUCGGUAAAGUAAAACCACUAUACAGACGAGUUUCUUCGAUUAAACCUUUGCGUUGCGGAUUAUUAAGGCCUCCAUGACUAAAUACAAAAUAUGUGCCAUUGAAUAUUUUAAAAGUAAUUAAAAACAAAUGAAUAUAAAACGAGUUGUAACAUUUUUUCUGGUUUCAUUCUAAAGAUAAAUACCUGGGUUUUGAAAAAAAUAUUUUGCAUAUAAACCUUUUGUAUAUAAAGAUUUACAAGAAUAAUUAAUAAUAUAAUAACUAACAUAUUCGUAAUAACUACUUGUUUAGAUUUGUUGCCAUGAUUAUUUCCUGUAAGCACCCAAACGGAUUUUGUUUUUGUGCGUUCACGUCCCGUUUCCUGUGACGUAGGCUGAGUGGAAUGGCUUGGCGAAGGGUUAGCGAUGCAGCGCAUUCGGUUAGCACUAGUUCGCCGUUUGUGAGUGACAGAAAAAUAAAUUGUAUAACUUGGCGCACAAUAUACGUAAAGUAACAGCAAGAGACGUGCUAACAAGUGCAAUUUACCGACAGUGCGCUCAAGAUGGGGUUACUAGUUAUCUGUUGUUUCUUCUCACUGCCUUCAAUGCCUUAAGUGGCUGACUGCCGUGGGACGACGUCAAUAUUGUUCAGAUCGUCGGGUGUCAACGGUUAACGCAAAGGUUAAUGUGUUUAUCGGAGGUACUUUAUAUGUGUGGCCGAAAGCGAGCUACGGCGCCGUUAGCUUUAGCAAUCCAGUACUAGCAGCGGACAAGCCAGUUGGAGUCAGCUGACAGCCUUCAGUGAGCUGCUGCGCCCCUUCGAUCAGAGAACCGCUCGCCAUGGAUCAACUCAAAGUCAAGGACCGCAUUCUGGAAAAUAUCUCCUUCUCCGUCAAGAAGUUGCAAAGUUACUUUGCAGCAUGUGAAGAUGAGACUCCAGCCAUCCGGAACCACGACCGGGUUCUUCAACGCCUCUGCGAGCACUUAGACCACGCGCUACUGUACGGGCUGCAAGAUAUCUCAUCAGGCUAUUGGGUUCUUGUCCUUCACUUCACAAGGAGAGAGGCUGUCCGGCAGAUAGACAAGCUUCAGCACAUAGCAACGAACCUCGGUCGAAGUCGGGCUUGGUUAUACCUGGCGUUGAGCGAGAGCUCUUUAGAAAGCUACCUACGCCUCUUCCAAGAGAACCAAGCACUACUACAGAAAUAUUACUUCAAGAAUGCAUUGGUGUGCAGUCACGACCACUUGACGCUCUUCCUCACACUGGUGGCCGGAUUGGAGUUCAUUCAUUUUGAUCUGGAGCUGGAUGUGCCCUAUUUGGACGUGGCCGCCUACAUGCCAGAGUACUACAAACCACACAACCUACUGGACUUCGAGGAAAGGCUCCCCAGCUCAGACAGUUUGUCCCUGCACUCCUUUACCUCCCUGACCUCCACCAACCUGGAGUGGGACGACAGUGCCAUCGCCCCCUCAAGUGAAGAUUAUGAUUUCGGUGACAUCUUCCCCGUGUUGCAGGCAAUGCCAAGUGCAGACUGGGAAGACGGCGACAUGACUGAUCAGGCGAGUUGCCCGAGGUCCAGCGGCUCCGAUCCUCUGACCGUCAUCAGCGACUCGGUGGUCUUAACAGUUGGGAACCUCAAGCUGAAGGCAGGGGCUCAUCUAUCACCGUCCAGUCCCACAUCCAGACACAACCCUUUCAAUCACGACUCGGACGGCAACACUUCAGCCGAUGUAACGCCGGUUCAUGUGGCGCGCUGUCAUGUUGUCCGCGCUGGAGAGGACGGCGAGAGCACCAACAACGAGCUAGAAGUUAUUCGGAUGGCAAGACGGAGGAAAGUGAGCAAGAAACGACGUGGGAAGAGCUCCACAGAUUCCAUCAGCAGCAUCCAUAACUCCUUAUCAUCCGAACACAUCGAAAUGGGCACCAGUUGCUCUAACUCGGAGGAAGCAGAGUCCUUGAACUGCACUUUGAUACACCCGGACAGGGCAGGCACAGAAGUGGUGGCAGAAUGUGACAAGGAUGGUGUGGAGGCCCUACUAGGGCUUCCCGAGAUGAGCGACACCUCCAUGGAUAGUGUAGGACAACCCCUUCGGGACGUCAUGGACAGACUUACCGAGGAGGUCUCCGACCCGCCCAAGUACGACGAGGAAAUACAGAGGGAUGAGGGCCCCGAGCUUCCACCACAGCAGCCCUUUCGGGAGGACUCCGGGGGCGAGCCUCCCGACCCAGACGCGGGCACGGACCUCUUGCGGGCCUCCGAAAAUGUACUCUGCGUUACCCCCGUCGAUCCAGACUCUGCUCCCUCAGGUGGUGGGCGCUAUGACCCUCCAGAGCAUCGCAAGUCACAGAUACUUUCAGGUGGCCAUGAAGAUCAGGGAGAGGCAAAAGCGCCAACAGAACGAGGAGCAGACGUGAAGAACGGGGAGGGAUAUGGUUCAGAUGAGCGGGAAAUGACUUCUGUACAAAAUGAGAAGCUUAGUCCUUCAGAAAGUUCUCAUCCUGCUGAAUUUAAGGUGGACAAUAACCACUUACUACUCCUCAUGAUUCACGUUUUCCGGGAGAAUGAGGAGCAGCUCUUCAGGAUGGUGAGGAUGAGUACUGGCCAUAUGGAAGGGGACCUGCAGCCUCUUUACCUGCUCCUGACUGACUGUUACAUUUACCUUCUGAGGAAAGGUGCAGCAGAGAAGCCUUACACAGUGGAAGACGCCGUUUCUUACAAUGAGCUUGACUACAUCUCAGUGGGCCUUGAUCAACAGACAGUAACCAUAGUUUGCACUAAUAGAAGAAGGAAUUUCCUGUUAGACACAGCUGAUGUCUCCUUGACCUUAUGGUUCUUGUCCGUUCUUAAGACGGCCAUGGUGAAGGGUUAUCGAGAGCCCCCAUAUCCUUCCAUCCUGACUGAUGCCACCAUGGAAAAACUAGCUCUCACCAAAUUUGUCUCCCAGGAAUCUCACUGCGAGGUUUCUGAAGUUUCUAUACAUCUAUAUUCACUUAUCCACUGGGAGGAUCCUAUGGAUACGACCUUGCCGAACUUGAAGUUACCUUCCAGCGCUAAGGAAGGGAUGGUGCAAUACCGGGCCGGCACCACAUACCUGGGCAAGGAGCUGUGGAAAAGCUGCUACCUCGUCCUCAGCAAUGGAAUUCUAUACCUCUAUGCAGAAAGGACUGAUGUGACGCCAGUGCUCUCAGUCACUAUGGGGGGGGAAUACUGCGGAGGAUGCCGUCGUUCAAACAGCUCUGAGCGUCCGCAUGCCUUUCAAGUCAUCCUGACAGAGCGCCCCCCGCUGGAGCUCAGUGCCAAUAAUGAGCAGGACAUGGCCGACUGGAUGCAGCUGCUCUGCCAGUCGGUCUCCAAAGGAGUCAUCCCCCAAGGUGCGGCCCCCACCCCAUGUAUCCCGUGUUGCCUGGUGGUGACGGACAGCAGACUGCUGACUUGCCAUCAGGACUGCCAGACCAGUUUCUUCCGUUCAUUGGGCAGCACCGACAUCUAUGACGUGGAGGCCGUCAGCCUGGAGGACGAUGUGGAGUACUGCGUCAUCGAGUUUGCUGCGGAUCGUGACCGCUUCCUCCCCCCGUGGGUCUUGUACUUCAGCGGAUGUGAGGAGAGAGACAGACUUCUCCGAGUGUUGGACAGCAGAUGGAGAAGCAUCUUCCAGGUGGCGCUCCCCCACAGGGAGGUGCGCGAGCCAUCAGUUCAGAAGCGUUGCAGCGAAGGGCUGGCUUUAAUGAAGAGCGCAUGGCAGCGGGCGGACAGUUUGGCCCGAGGCCGAGCGCAGCGUGAGCCUUGGUGCUGACACAAACACACGAACACUUUUGCCAGUGAUAGGUCAACACACUCAUUUAAGGACGAUGGGCCCGCGAGAGGUGCUCCGCCACAGCCAAAUAAAAAUAUUCUGGAGAAAAUGGAUUCAGAGACAUCUCGCAUGUUAACAACACAAAAGUGAAUAUAGCGCUGCACAUAAUCCAUGCCUAUAGUCACUGAUUUCCUGUUGCAAGUGUCAAAGUCAAGGCCGGGGAGUACAUCCGGCAUCCCGCACCGUUUAUGUCGCCCACCAAGGUAUUUAGUGUAGAAGGAAAAGAAAGUGUCUUUCAUUUUUUUUGCUACGUCAGGGAAAAAAAAGUCCUUUGAAUAAUUCAAACAUUCAAAAAUCAUUUGCCCUUGACUCAAAUUAGUUAAAAAUAUUUUUGAGAAAAAGGAUUUCUCAUUUUUAGCACAUUUGAAUCCUCUGCAACUGAAAAUUAUGUACUUUUUUGUGUAAAUAGUUUUAUUUUCAUGGAAUUUUUCUUCAGUUUUACAGCUAUUAGUCUUUUUUCACCAAACACCAAUUUUCACAUUAAGUGUUGGGGUUAUUCCUGUAUUCUUAAUUUUUGUGCCACAAUUUAACUACAUUUAUUAAUUGCCGUGGCAGAUGCGUAAAUUAAAUAAUAAGGUGCGCUGACUGGAAUUCAAUUUGAAAGCAGAAACUCCAAUUGUGGGUUGUGUACUGUCACGAAACACAGAGGGAAGUAUGUCCUGAUUUUUGUAUUUUUUUUAAUGAUUUUGAUGUUUGAAUCUUAAUGAAAAUUCCAAAUUUCAAGAAAUGAAGACAGGUAGUUUGGUCUCCUAUAAACUAUUUUCCAAUGUAUGGAGUAUGCAGUUGGAAAAUUUGAAUGUAGCUUCACUACAGUCCCCGCCAGCUUGCCGAAGAAACGUCCUCAGCUCACUAAGUUGUCAUGGCUAGCGGCUACUUUUUAUUCAUUAUGUAAUAUUACUAAACAUGAAAUGCUUCCAUCUUUAUGUAUUUUUUUUUAGAAUGUACAAUCCUGAGAAAAAUAUAACAGGCGUACGACCAAGUGAGAACAGUGAGAGCAGCAAAGCGUCCAUCUGUGUCUAGGACAACAAUGUUACAGACCCUUACCUAUGAUUUGUCUCAACAGCAGCCCAAUUCCUUCUUUAGCUUUUGUUGCUAAUCACAGUUAAAUAAUUGGGCCAAGAAAAUGUAAUCGUUUUUACUCUGCAAGAGGCUGCGAUACGUCCAUGCAAGGCUCCGUGUGCAAAGUGUGCACCUCCUGUCUCUACAGUUUCUGAUUGGCUAUUCUACUGUAAGGUUGUAGGGACAGGUUUAACAAAGUGUUGUUGUUAUUUUUUUAUUGAGAGAACUGCAUACUCUUACCUCUAAUAACGCCAUCAUUUUACAGCCAUAUAUACAAUAUAUAUUUAUGAGAGCCUUUUCCUUGCACAUUGUAUUCCUAUCGGUACCACUGAAAAAAAAUUGUUGGUGGUUGGACUGCUGCUUCUGUCAUUGUCAAUCAGAUCUAUGCUUAAUACAGGAGGAGGAAAUGAUGAUUAUGAUGCACUUUUUUUUCAUCCAAGUAACUCAAACAUUCAUUAUGCUUUUGUAAGUUUAGUUUCUGUCAUCAAAAAGAUGUUGUUUGGGCAAUUAGUGUGGCCUUUAACCGAUACCUGCAAGCAUUUAAAUUGCCUUAGAUUUACAUCACAUGAAUUUUAACUUUUCCAAGUAAUCUAUUCUAGGUUUCUUUCCCUUGUAACAUAAACCUGAAGGUUUUGCGCUAAUACAGUACUGACUGCUAUUUCGUAAUUCCUCCCACCUUGGCUAAAGCUCCAGUUCCAUCUGAAGAAAAGUUGCCCCAAAGUGUGAUACUGCAUUCUGCUAAGAAGAAAUGGCAGGAAAUCCUACUAGAACAUCAGAACUUUUGGGGGUAGUUUAAAUUGUGGGCUGACUCUCAUUCAACUCAUGUUGCAAUGUGAUAUUCAUUCUGGAUGCAGCCACAUCCCCAGUUUGGGGCUGUGCACACUUGUCCAAGCGCAGUUGGUUGUUUUUAUUGUCUCUCCACAAAUGAUUUCAUGCGUUUUUUUGAGUUCUACAUGCCAUAGCUCACAUUAACAGUUUCAAAAGUUUUGAAAUGAUUUGUCUUUUUUUUUUCUCCUGAAUCACAGACCUGCCAUUUGAAAGGUGGUGUGUAGACUUUUAUUUAUUUUUGGAAUAUCUGCUGUACAUAAUUCACAAAAGCGUGCCGUCAUGUUGAGUGCUUUAAAUCUUUUCCAAGUGCCACUUGAUCGCCUCUGCUGCCCUUUUACAAAUAGUGAAAAAAAAAUGAAAUAAACUCAGGUGAAAAAGCUACUGAACAUCCAAAAUUCACCAGUUUUUUGUUUUUGUUUUUAAUUGCUGCUUUUAUUGCUAUUCUUUUAAUUUUCACGUUGUUCAAUGGAUCUCAGAAAAGCGAAAAGGUUUGGUAUUAAAAAUUGCCCUCUUUGACAGCUUUUGAUAUGAAGUGAUACAUUUGUAUAAGCACAAAUCAUGAAGAUAAUGUUACAUUUAAUGCCUCGAGCAGUGUUCCUCAAAAGUGGGCUUUGUCAUCUUUUGCAACACUGUGCGCGGUUAGCGGGGAAAGAAAUCUCUCCAGCGGGGUUCCCAAAGUUGCUGACGUGUGCUUGUCUGAUUCUUGAGAGAAAUAAAUCUCACGGACUGAAAAGCACAAAAGUGUAAAGGUGGUUUAACGUGUCAUGUACACUAAGUCAAACAUUGCUGGCCAAUGGUGUAUGACAGCUUUUUUUUUUUGUUAUGGAAAUAUAAUUCAAGUAAAAUGUGUAUUUUUCAUGCUUUCUUUUUUUGAGGGUGCAGCAUUAAUGAAAUUGAACAUGCACAUAGCAUUUUUCCCCUCCCCAUAUUGUUAAAUGUGCUAACAAUUGGAAAACAACCUUUUAGAAUGCCUAAGAAUAAAGUUUUAAAAAAAAAUCAAUCUGUGAUUAUUUUAUGUCACCAUUGUAACAAAUGUGUGUGAAUGGAAAAGGCCCCCCUCCCCCCAUUUCUCACAAAUGCACUUUAUGUGUUGUGUGUAUUUAUGCUGCUCCUUCUGAAGUGUGCGCCUUGGCCACCUGAGGGCAGAAGAGUACAGAACAGAUGUCCAAGGAGCCAGCAGUUAUGUUAUUUGGAGAGGAUCAAGAAUUUAUGCCCGAAUGUUUUUAGAUGCUCUAUCUCCAUGUGUUGCUCCAUUGUUUGUGUUGAAAUACUAGUUGCUUGGAAAAAAAAAAACAUUUUGCACAUUUAUUUAUACUGCAUUUAGUCAGAAUCAAAC